CCAUCCUUGCUUGGCACUGACUCCCACCACCCCUCGCCAUCCUCGCAGCCUGGCCCCCAUGCAUCUUCAGCAAAGCUUCGCAGGAGAUGCAAGGAGAGUGCUCGAACAAAGUCGCUAGGUUGUGAGGCGCCCGAAGAGAGCACUCCAAAGCAUGGCGAGUCGGAGCCGGACUCUGACAGAAAGGGGCGAGUUUGCUCCACUGAGCAAGACAUGGCUUUCAGCUAUAAGCAAAAAGCCGGCAAAGGCGGAACGCUGUUUUCCUUCUCCUUGCAACUUCCAGAGUCAUUUCCUUCCCUCCUGGAUGACGAUGGCUACCUGUCACUCCCUAACCUUUCUGAAACCAACCUCCUGCCUGCCAGCGUGCAGCACUACCUGCCCAUCCGCUCCCCCUCCCUGGUGCCUUGCUUCCUCUUCAUUUUUUUCUUUCUGCUCUCUGCCUCUUUCUCAGUGCCAUAUGCCCUCACUCUCUCCUUUCCUCUGGCUAUGUGCCUCUGCUACCUGGAGCCCAAGGCGGCCUCCUUGAGUGCCUCACUUGCCAAUGACCUGAGUGACAGUUCAGAGGAAGAGACUGACAGUGAGCAGACGGAUACUGCAGCGGAUGGUGAGACCACUGCCACCGAGUCGGAUCAAGAGGAAGACGGAGAUCUAAAGGCACAGGACCUAGACAAAACCCAGGAAGAUCUGAUGAAACAUCAGACCAAUAUAAGUGAGCUGAAACGCACCUUCUUGGAAACCUCCACAGAAACGGCUGUGUCUAAUGAGUGGGAGAAGAGGCUUUCCACAUCUCCCGUUCGGCUUGCAGCAAGGCAGGAGGAAGCUCCUAUGAUUGAACCACUAGUGCCUGAAGAGACCAAAGAAGAAAGAGAAAAAUCAGAAAAACUCAUAAUUUUGCAGAAGGGAGGUACUACAUUCCUUGAAUUGCAGCCAAGUGUGAUAGAGAAGAAGCUGCAGGAAGGAGAAUCUGCUGGCACUUUGGUUACUUCUCAUCAAAUCAUUAUCCAGAAAAGUAUCCCAUCAUCCCUAGAGACUAAACAGUCCACCAGCGAAAAAACCUUGGAUGGUUCAGAUAUCUUCAGUUUAAUAGAGUCUGCCCGAAAACCGACUGAGUUCAUAGGAGGGGUUACUUCUACUUCACAUAGCUGGGCUCAGAGAAUAGACACAACGACAUCUCAGGAGAUAACUUCCAGUGAAAUUAAGCAAGCAGUUCAGCCACAUCAGGAUACAGUGAAGAAGGUUGUACAGGAGACUGUGGUUAUCGAGGAGCGACGCGGGAUGAAUGGGCACGCGAGUGGGGAUCCUGCUAAAGCGGCCGGACUUCCGCUGGAUGCCCAGGCUGAGGCAGCGUCGGCGAUGGCUGCUGGUGUGAAAGGGAAGGAGGGCUUUGCUGGGACUGAGAGGGUGAAGGAGGAAAAAAGUGAGGAGGCUGGGAAAGCCUUAACCAAACAGGAGGGAGUGACUGCUGCUGCUUUGUGUGAGCAAGCGGAGGAGCACAGUACAACAGUCCACCUUUCAGAGUCUUUGGAAAGAAAACCUCAUUUUGAGUCACCAGUUGUGAAGACUGAGACCAUCAGUUUCAGUAGCGUUUCUGCUGGUGGGGAAAACCUUGAAAUUUCGACAAAGGAAGUGCCAGUAGUCCAUACAGAAACAAAAACCAUUACAUAUGAGUCGUCUCAGGUGGACUGCAGUGCUGACUCAGAACCAGGUGUAUUGAUGAGUGCACAGACUAUCACAUCUGAAACUACCAGCACUACAACCACUACACAUAUCACCAAAACUGUGAAAGGAGGCAUCUCAGAGACAAGAAUUGAAAAACGAAUAGUCAUCACAGGAGAUGCUGAUAUCGAUCAUGAUCAGGCGCUGGCUCAGGCAAUUAAAGAAGCCAAAGAGCAGCACCCUGACAUGUCAGUGACCAAAGUAGUGGUACAUAAAGAGACAGAAAUCACACCAGAAGAUGGGGAGGAUUGACCACAGGAAUAACCUAGAUUGCAUAUGAAUCCAGACAUGCACCCCAGUAGGAAUACGAGAGCCUAUACAGAGUCUCAGUUCCAACCUGACUGACUUCUAUCUGUCUAUGGAAAAUUUCAGUACAGAAGAAUCGAUCUUGACUGUUAAUAAAGAAACUGGCAGAGAUACCUUCCCAUAGAAAGCAAUCUGAAUCAGCAGCAGUUAAACAAUAUUGCAUGAAGCAACGAUAAAAUUACAGAAAAGCAGCAUUUUUAAUUUUCUUAAAAUGUCUAAGUUUUCAGCUAUACCUGCACGUUCAUAAACAAUAUAUGAUCUCAUGUAACACAUAAACAGUUCAUGCCUUUCACAGUUUAUGAAAGUCUAAACAAAUUAAAAUUUGUUAGAUGGCAAGCCUUUUGUUUACAGAUAUUGUAAAUGAAGAUUACCCCCCAAAUGCUAGAAGCUGUAUAGGUACUGUGUAUAAUGUUGUACCACACAUUAGAUGUGCCAAUAACACAGUUUAUUCAGUAAACAACUUGAAUCUUACUUUUGUUUCAUCUGGUUUUAUUACUGCCCGAUAAACAAUGAUGAAUCUUUACUCUUAUCAGAAUAUUUAAAUGCUUACAAAGUGUGCUUUGUAUACCUGACUGAAUACCUUAUGAGGUAGUAAUGAUUUUAGUAUAUUAAUGAUUUCUGUCAGCAUUGUUCAGAGUCGGCUUCCAGUCACCCUUCACAGAUCCUAACCUUGUAAAUUAUAUGUAGCUAUUUUGGAGAAAAAAAAAUAUGUAUUUUACUUAGUUUGCAGCAUUAGAAAAUUAUUAAUCUGAAAUAACCGUGAUGGUUUUCUAUUGAUUUCCCUUUUGUUUCUCAGAGGAAAAAAA